AUGGGAGCGCAUGCGCUGGAUCCCGAUCUUCAGCAAGUCUUGUCUGAGCAUGGUUUGACCUUGACAGAUGACGGACGCCAUGUGCGCUGGGCAAAAUCAAAUAAAAAACAUCCGAGGAAUUGGCAUCCUUUUCGAAAGGCUUAUGACUUUGGUUUGAUUUUUGCAUUGGAAGUUUUUACAACCGCAGCGAGCACAGCUGGCGCUACAGCUGCAAACCAUGCCCGCAGUCAAUUCAACAUCGACGUGACCCCGUCCGUCCUUUGCUUCGUCACAAUGUAUCUGCUCGGUCAAGCAAUGGGAUGCGUCGUGUUUCCACCCUGCUCCGAGUCCUUUGGUCGCAAGAACAUGUAUGUCUGGAGCACCGUCUUCUACUGCAUCUUUUGCGUCGUCAUCGCCGCUGUCCCUUCGCCGGCUGCUGUGGCUGUCGGGCGCUUCAUCUCUGGCUCUCUGUCAGCUAUGCCUAGCUCGGUGGUCAAUGGGAGCAUUGAGGAUCUCUUUAAUACGGAUACUCGCAUCUGGAUUGUCUUUCUGAAUGCCAUUUCCACGAAUAUAGGGCUGGCGGGGGGACCGAUCAUGAGUGGCUACAUUACGACGACCUUGGGGUGGCAAUGGGUAUUUUUUACUGCAGCUAUAGUGACCGGAGUUCUCGCUGUCUUCAUGUUCACCAUUAAAGAGUCACGGCCAACUCUACUACUAGCCCGCGAAGUGAAGAAAGUGCGCGAGAUAACAGGCAACAAUUCCCUAGAAGCAUUUAACCCAGACCAUGUAACCGACAUGAAGAUGUUUGUGCGUCUCUCACUCUUCCGGCCACUGCAACUCUUCUUCACUGAGCCCAUCGUCUUCACCGUGGCACUGAUGAACGGCGCCUGCAUGGCCCUCAUCUAUCUCUUCACCGAGGCUCUCCCCAUUAUAUACCCUCUACUCGGUUUCACGGAAGCACAGUCCAACUUACCCUUCGUGGCUUUCAGCCUAGCCAUCUUCCUCAACAUCCCUUCGCGGCUCCUCGACCAACGGCUACGGUCCAAACUACGAAAAGAGGGCCACGCCAUCGGUCCAGAGUCCAAACUGACCGGACUCUUUCUCGGAGCCCCUGUUCUCGCAGGCGCAUUGUGGCUCUUUGCAUGGACGAUCCCGCCGAUGGUCCCGGACGUGCACUGGAUUGUGUCAGUGCUGACGUUGUUUUUCAUCGGGUUCGCACUGAACGAGUUCGCCACCGUCUAUGCGGGCUAUAUCGCAGACAGCUAUUUGAGCUAUGCAGGUAGCGCACAGGCAGCACUGAGUAUGUUGCGGUCGUUGUUGGGGGCUCUAUUCCCCCUGUUCACGCCCAGGAUGUUCGAGUCGCUGGGAACGAACGUAGCGGUGUCGGUAUUGGCGGCUAUCGCGACGGUUUUCUGUGUGGCGCCGGUGUUGCUCAGUCGGUAUGGAGUCUCGUUGCGAAAGAGAAGUCGGUUUGCGAGUUAUAGCCUGCAGGUGUAUGAGACGAGUACGGUGGAGAAUGAUGGCCGUUAG